UAAACAUCGGUUGUACUGACCCGGUUAGUCUGCCCCAUAUAACUUGUGUAAUUCAAUGAACUUUGAAAGUGAGAAUGUCAACAGAAAGUGAUACCAGAAAAUCAAAUGUGCUGAUUUUCUUUGUAAAUGGCAAAAAGAUCAUUGAAGCAAAUCCAGAGCCAGAAACAACCCUCCUGCAGUAUUUACGACGUAAAUUAUUUUUGACUGGUACAAAAUUAGGAUGUGGAGAGGGAGGUUGCGGGGCCUGUACUGUCAUGGUGUCCAGAUAUGACCGACAGUCUUCACAGAUAUGUCACUACUCGGUGAAUGCCUGCCUGGCCCCUGUGUGCUCCAUGCAUGGUCUGGCUGUCACCACUGUGGAGGGCAUUGGUAGCAUCAAACAUGGGCUGCAUCCUGUACAGGAUCGCCUUGCGAGGUCCCAUGGUUCCCAGUGUGGCUUCUGCACGCCGGGUAUUGUCAUGUCCAUGUACACGCUGCUACGUAACGAGCCUCAACCAUCCAUUGCACAUAUGGAGAAAGCUUUUGAAGGCAACCUGUGUAGAUGCACGGGCUACCGACCCAUCCUGGACGGGUUCCGGACAUUCACAAAGGAAUACUGUCAGAUGGGAGAAAAAUGCUGUCAAAACCAGGCAUAUGUUCAGAAUCAGGAAGAAGGGACCUCCACACGGCUAGUCAACGGUGAGGCUUAUCUACCAGUGGACUCUACACAGGAUCCCAUCUUCCCUUCUGAGCUGCAGACUAGUGAUCGUUGCGACUCAGAAUACCUGGUGUUCCAUGGUGAACGUGUAACCUGGUACCGACCCAACAGCUUGACGGAGUUAUUGGACCUGAAAGCACAGUUCCCAGAUGCCAAAUUAGUUGUGGGCAACACAGAGAUUGGUGUAGAGAUGAAGUUUAAGCACAUGAAGUACCCCGUGAUGAUUGCCCCCACACACGUACCUGAACUGCUGACAGUGGAGCACACAGAACAGGGCAUCCGAUUUGGGGGAGCGGUCACUCUCUCACAAAUUGAUAAUGAACUUAAGUCAGCUAUGGAGAAGUACCCAGACUACAAGACAGGUGUGUUUGCAGCUGUGGUUGAGAUGCUGCGAUGGUUUGCUGGCUACCAGAUAAGGAAUGUUGCGGCAGUUGCUGGGAACAUUAUCACAGCCAGUCCUAUCUCCGACCUGAACCCCCUGUUCCUGGCUUGUGGGGCAAUGCUGCAAGUGCAGAGUAAAGCUAAUGCAAGAAGGGAGGUGAAAAUGGACGAGACUUUUUUUCGUGGUUAUCGUAAGACCGCUAUCAGCCAAGAUGAGAUUCUGCUGAACAUCCUGUUGCCAUUCACAACGAAGAAUGAGUAUUUCUGUGGCUACAAGCAAGCCUAUCGUAGGGAGGAUGACAUUGCGACCGUGAACGCAGGAAUGAGGGUGGUAUUUGAGGGCAAUACUAAUGUUGUAAAGGAAUUCACGCUGGCCUAUGGAGGAAUGGCAGUAGUCACGGUGAUGCCAACCAAGACAAUGGCCAGUGUUGUAGGCAGGAGCUGGGAUGACAGUCUAGUGUCCGAUGUAUGUGGCAGCCUUGCAGAUGAGCUGCCCCUCAGCCCUGGGGCCCCAGGGGGUAUGGCAGAGUACAGACGAUCACUCACUCUGAGCUUUUUUUUCAAAUUCUACCUUACAGUGUUGCAACAACUUCAAGCAAAGCACGUCCCCUUAAAGAGUAAGGUGCCCUCGUAUUUCCAAAGUGCCACGCCCACUUUCCAUCGUGACCCGUCAAAGAGCUCCCAGGUGUACCAGGAAGUGGCCCCAGGGCAGCUAGAGCAGGACCCCGUUGGAAGGCCCAUCGGUCAUCUGUCGGGUCAGAAACAGGUGUCUGGUGAAGCCGUGUACAUCGAUGAUAUUCCAAAAUUACACAAUGAACUGUACCUGGCCUUCGUUACCAGCAGCAAGGCUCAUGCCAGAAUCCUCAGCGUGGACCCUUCUGAGGCCCUUGCCAUGCCUGGGGUGGUAGAUUAUGUCAGUCACAAAGACGUACCGGGGCACAAUAAAUGGGGGGCAGUGUUCCCCGAUGAUGAGGAAAUCUUUGCUUCGUCUGAGGUGCUGUGUCAAGGGCAAAUUAUUGGUGCAAUCCUUGCAGAAGACCAGGUCCAUGCUCAGAGAGCUGCCAAAUGUGUGAAGGUUGAAUAUGAGGAGCUUGAGCCAAUUAUCACCAUCAAGGAUGCAAUCAAGGCGGGAUCCUUCUACCUGGCACCAAAGUUGCUCAGCUGUGGUGACGUGGACACUGCGUUUGACCAGGCAGAUCACGUGAUAGAGGGAGAGAGUCACAUGGGCGGGCAGGAGCAUUUCUAUCUGGAGACCCACGCCACCCUCGCAGUACCCUGUGGGGAGGAUGGGGAGAUGGAGCUGUUUGUGUCCACACAGAACGCAUCUGAGACACAACACGUUACAGCUGAGGCACUAGGACUGCCUGCCAACAGAAUUGUUGUUCGCGUGAAGCGGCUGGGUGGGGGAUUUGGAGGAAAGGAGACCAGAAGUGUUGUCUUCUCAACACCCUGUGCUGUGGCCGCUCACAAACAUGGUCGUCCAGUCCGGGUGAUGUUGGACCGUGAUGAAGACAUGGUCAUGUCUGGUGGCAGACACCCAUUCUUUGCCAAAUACAAGGUCGGGUUUAUGAAAACUGGAAAGAUAGUAGCAGCCGAUGUGCACUUAUAUAGCAACGCUGGCAUGUCCAUAGACCUGUCGUCUGCAGUCAUGGAUCGAGCCAUGUUCCACAUUGACAACGCCUACAAGAUUCCCAACCUGCGUGUGCGCGGCUAUGUAUGCCGCACUCACACGGCCUCCAACACGGCAUUCAGGGGCUUUGGUGGCCCCCAGGGCAUGAUGAUGACUGAACAGUUUGUCAGCGAUGUAGCUGUCACGCUGGGAAUGCACCCUAGUGAGGUAAGGGAGCUAAAUCUGUACCAAGAAGGGGACAGAACUCACUAUGGCCAGGAGCUGAAGCCAUGUUUCAUCCGCAAGUGUUUUGAUGAAGUCGUCAGACUAAGCGGUUUCCACAGACGAAAGAAGGAUGUGGAUAUAUUUAACAGUGAGAACCGCUGGAAGAAGCGUGGUAUCACUGUUGUUCCAACAAAAUAUGGGAUUUCAUACACGGCUCUACAUCUUAAUCAGGCUGGAGCGCUGGUGCACAUCUACCAGGACGGGUCCGUGUUGCUGACCCACGGGGGCGUAGAGAUGGGACAGGGGCUCCACACCAAGAUGAUCCAGGUGGCAAGCAGGGCUCUGAAGAUCCCAGCAGAGAAGAUUCACAUCAGUGAGACGGCAACCAAUACUGUGCCCAACACGUCACCCACAGCGGCCAGCGCUAGCUCCGAUCUCAAUGGAAUGGCUAUUGUCAAUGCGUGCCAGAUGUUACUGGAGCGGUUGGAGCCGGUCAUGCAAGAGAAUCCAAAAGGAUCAUGGGAAGACUGGGUGAAAGCUGCAUACUUCAAGAGGAUCAGUCUCUCCACCACGGGAUUCUACAAGACACCAGGUAUUGGGUUCGACUUCAAGACGGGGACUGGCAAGCCGUUUAACUACUUCUCGAAUGGAGCUGCCUGCUCUGAGGUUGAGAUAGACUGCCUUACAGGGGACCAUCUGGUUUUGCGGACAGACAUAGUGAUGGACGUUGGUACAAGCUUGAACCCUGCCAUUGAUAUUGGUCAGAUAGAAGGAGCAUUUAUGCAGGGUUACGGCCUCAUGAUGAUGGAGCAGGUCAAGACCUCACCCAGUGGCAUGAUGUUUACACGGGGCCCGGGAAACUACAAGAUUCCGGGCUUCGGGGACAUACCUGUCGAGUUCAACGUCACACUGCUCAAGGGAAGUGUCAACGAGAGGGCAGUGUACUCAUCCAAAGCAAUAGGCGAGCCUCCACUGUUCCUGUCGGCGUCAGUGUUCUUUGCUGUUAAGGAGGCAAUAAUGGCAGCCAGGGAGGAUGCUGGUCACCAUGGCAACUUCAGACUGGACAGCCCGGCAACUCCUGAAUGUAUACGAAUGGCCUGUGAGGACCAGUUUACACAGCAUUUUCCAAAGCCAGCUGAAGGGACUUACCAGCCAUGGUUUGUUGACCUCUAAUGUAGAAAGCAGAUUCUAAAAAAAUAAAAAAUAAAGGGCUAAUUAUGUUUCAUAAAAAGAAAUCAAUAUUGUUCGUGAAAAGUAUGAGCUUUAUAAUCAAAUUUUUUGAACUUGCUCAUACAAAAAUCAGGAACAUAAAAUUGUGUGUCACCAGUAUUCCCAAAUGUGUACUUCUAUCAGAUUUUCGUGUUUAUACAUUUGUUUUGAUGUUUUCAUGGCUGUGAUAUUAAUAGUUUCUGUUACCGAAAAUAAGUUGUGUAAUCCCAAGUAAAUAGAUUUUGCAUACGAUUUUGUUUUCAGAACUUAAAAAUAUUACAGUGGUGCUCUUUUUAGUCGAACAUUAUUUUUUUUGCGAGAUGUAUAUAUGUGUCAUCCGGUGUGUAAUUUUUGAUGUGAUUAUUCAAAAUACCAAAGGCUUAUCGUAGUGCGAUGGUUGUUUUUAAAUGUUUUCUUUGUUUUCAAAUUAAUUUUUCUUGUUGAUCAAUCAUUUUAUCGUUUUUAGCUCCACUGGCCAAAGGCCAGCGGGGCUUAUGUCAUGGUCCUGUGUCCGUCGUGUGUGCGUCAGUGCGUCCGUGCGUUAACUUUUUCUUUGAACAUCUUCUUCUCCUAAACUACUGGUCCAAUUCUGAUAAAAUUUCUCAGGAAUGUUCAUGUGGUGAACCUCUUUCAAAUUUGUUCAAAUUAUGCCCCUGGGAUCAAAUUUGACCCUGCCCCUGGGGGUCAAAAAAUUGAAAAUUUGCUUAUAUAAGGCCUAUUUUGUGCAAACUUUAUAAAUCUUCUUGUCCAUAACCAUUGGGCCUUAGGGCUACCAAAUUUAGUAUGUAGUGACAUCUUAUAGUCCUCAGUACCAAUUUUGUUCAAAUUAUGCCCCUGGGGUCAAAUUUGACCCUGCCCCGGGGGGUCAAAAAAUUGAAAAUUUGCUUAUAUAAGGCCUAUUUUGUGCAAACUUUAAAAAUCUUCUUGUCUAUAACCACUGGGCCUAGGGCUACCAAGUUUGGUAUGUAGUGACAUUGUAUAGUCCUCUACCAGGUUUGUUCAAAUUAUGCCCCUGGGGUUAAAUUUGACCCUGCCCCGAGGGGUCAACAAAUUGAAAAUUUUCUUAUAUAAGGCCUAUUUUGUGAAAACUUUCAAAAUCUUUUUGUCCAUAAGCAUUGGGCCUAGGGCUACCAAAUUUGCUAUGUAGUGACAUCUUAUAGUCCUCUACCAAGUUUGUUCAAAUUAUGCCCCUGGGGUUAAAUUUGACCCUGCCCCGGGGGUUAAAAAAUUGAAAAUUUGCUUAUAUAAGGCCUAUUUUGUGCAAACUUUAAAAAUCUUCUUGUCCAUAACCAUUGGGCCUAGGGCUACCAAAUUUGCUAUGUAGUGACAUCUUAUAGUCCUCUACCAAGUUUGUUCAAAUUAUGCCCCUGGGGUCAAAUUUGACCCUGCCCCGGGGGGAUAAAAAAUUGAAAAUUUGCUUAUAUAAGGCCUAUUUUGUGCAAACUUUAAAAAUCUUCUUGUCCAUAACCAUUGGGCCUAGGGCUACCAAAUUUGCUAUGUAGUGACAUCUUAUAGUCCUCUACCAAGUUUGUUCAAAUUAUGCCCCUGGGGUCAAAUUAGACCCUGCCCCAGGGGGUUAAAAAAUUGAAAAUUUGCUUAUAUAAGGCCUUUUUUGUGCAAACUUUAAAAAUCUUCUUGUCCAUAACCAUUGGGCCUAGGGCUACCAAAUUUGCUAUGUAGUGACUUCUUAUAGUCCUCUACCAAGUUUGUUCAAAUUAUGCCCCUGGGGUCAAAUUUGACCCUGCCCCAGGGGGUCAAAUAAUAGAAAAUUUGCUUAUAUAAGGCCUAUUUUGUGAAAACUUUAAAAAUCUUUACGUCCAUAACCAUUGGGCCAAUGGCUACCAAAUUUGGUAUGUAGUGACAUCUAAUAGUCCUCUACCAAGUUUGUACAAAUUAUGCCCCUGGGGUCAAAUUUGACCCUGCCCUGGGGGGUCAAAAUAUCGAAAAUUUGCUUUUAUAAGGCCUAAUUUGUGUAAACUCUUAAAAUCUUCUUGUCCAUAACCGUAUGGCAUAGGGCUACCAAAUUUGGUAUGUAAUGACAUCUUUUAGUCCUCUACCAAGUUUGUUCAAAUUAAGCCCCUGGGAUCAAAUUUCACCGUUCCCCAGGGGUCACAUAAUUGAACAUAUGCUUUUAUUUGGCCCAUUUUGUGCAAACUAUAAAAAUCUUCUUGUCCAUAACCAUUGGGCCUAUUUCUACCAAAUUCGGUAGGUAGUGACAUAUAAUAGUUCUCUACUUAGUUUGUUCAAAUUAUGCCCCUGGGAACAAAUGUGACCUUGCCCCAGGUGUCACAAAAAUGAACAUAUGCUUAAAUAAGGCCUAUUGUGUGCAAACUUUAAAAAUCUUCUUGUUCUUAAUAUAGAGCCUAGUGCUGCUAAAUUUGGAAUGUAGUGAUAUCUAAUAGUCCUCUAAGAAAUUUGUUCAAAUUAUUCCCCUGGGCUCAAAUUUGACCCGGCCCCGGGGUCACAAAACUGAACAUAUGACGUUUACCAGUGGAGAUUACUACGGCCGUUUGGCUGUGACCAACAACAACAUCAACAUCUCGUAAACAUGAGAUAAAACCCUGUCAUUUAGUGCCAUUUUAGGUCAGAUGGUGACUGCUUACAAAGGCAUUGAAGUAAGAACAUGUGUUAUGAAUGUUUUUCUUACAAACUGAAAAAAGUCGGGUUUUAUUUAAAUAUGUCGAAAGUGACCAUAUAUCCGGAUGAAAAUAUUUUGGAUGACAUGUUAAUUUCAUGUCUUUUUUGUAGUGUUUAAACCAGUUUAAUAAUAUAUUAUUGAUUUUAAAAACACAACGUCCAUGAACAUAAUUAUUUCAAGAAAAGUCAAUAUAUGAUACUGCACGGUAAACUCAAACUUUGUAUCCAAGAGAAGGUGUUGAAAUUAAUAAAGUGCAAUGUUCUUAACAUCGUAUACGCUGCUUUUUAAUAACUAAUGAUUCAUUGUUCCAUUUGUGAAUCGUGACUCAUGAAUUGUGGAUAUGAUUGUCAAUUGCUCAACAAUCCAUAUAUAUUUCUGACCAUUUUAUAAUUUUCUUAAUAUAAGUUAUGAAUUUAUCUUAGAAGUAAAAUGUAUUACUUAAUUAAAUACAUUUAUAAAUAUAAAGAAAAAAUCUUUAGAUUAUCAUAAUAUUCUCAGUCCUGUUGGUCUUAGGGAUGUGUGGGUUGAUGAGCAAUUUCUCCUUUUAUCACAAUUAUUUCUACCUUACCGGAUCAUUUCCUUCAUAUUCCAUUUUAAUUUAAUUGACGUCUGCAACCUCUUUCAAAUUGGGAAAGUCCAAAAUGUGUCGUUUGGUAAAGGGUUAAGGCAUUUUGAUUCCUAUGGGUUUUGUGAAUCUGUUUCAAAUCAAAUGCGUUGAUUUGAUCUUCAGCAUCUAAAAAUAUGUGAAAUAGACAGAACGACAAUAUCUUUUGGAGAGAUAAAUGUACCUACGUUAUAAGCAAAGGACCUGUGCAACAAUUCCCGGGCUUUUAAGUAUGUUUAGUUAACACGGUAGUAACUUUUUCCAUAUAUAAAAAUGCUCACCCUUCCAACUGUACACGCAAUGGGACGAGGGAUAAAAAGAGAAAGUUACAUGCUUGAGUACAUUUCAACCCAUGCGCAUUGCACGUUUUUUUUGCAAAGAAAAAACAGUGGAGCGAUACAGGGCCAUCAUGGCCCUCUUGUUGUUUUUAUGUUAUCUGUAAGAUCUUUAUGGAACAUAUGCAUUUCAAGGUGCAGAAUUGAUAUGCUUUAUUUAUGUAAAAUGUUCUACUCAUUUAUUGAUUUAUUGAUGUGUUCAGCUAUGUGGAAUUUAUUUAUCGCAAGCAUUUCUACUUUUUUAUAAGAAAUUUUCAUGCAAACCAAAGACCUUUUAAAUAGGCCAUUUUUGUACAUUAAAAAAACAAGUUUGAUGAUUAUUUUUUCUGGCACUGUAUACUUCCAAUUUGUUUAAAUGUAUUAUGGUUGUAUAUAUUUUCAGUUGAUAAUAUUUUUUAGUAUAACUAUGUUACAGUAUUAUAAUUUUAAGCUCACCUGAGCCCAAUGUACUCAUGUUGAGCUUGUUUGAUUGCUUUUUGUCGACCGUCAUGCAUUUUGCAGCGUCAACAUUUGCCGUGUUAACACUAUAGAGGCCACAUUUAUUGUCCAAUCUUCAUGAAAUUUUGCCAGAAGAUUCCUCGCAACGGUAUCUUAGACGAGUUAAAAAAUGGUUACGGUUGCUUGAAAAACAUGGCCGCCAGGCCAGGGCAUUUUUCCUAAUAUGGCUAUAGAAAAACCUUGUUUACACUCUAGAGGCCACAUUUAUUGUCUGAUCUUCAUGAAACUUAAUCAGAAAAUUUGUUCAAAUGAUAUCUUGGACGAGUUUGAAAAUGAUAACGGUUGGUUGAAAAACAUUGCCCCCAGGGGGCAGGGCAUUUUUCCUUGUAUGGCUAUAGUAAAACAUUGUUAACACUCUAGAGAUCACAUUUAUUGUCGGACCAUCAUGGAACUUGGUCAGAAGAUUUGUCCCAAUUAUAUCUUGGAUGAGUUCGAAAAUGGUUCUAGUUGGUUGAAAAACAUGUCCGACAGGGGGCGGGACAUUUUUCCUUUUAUUGCUAUAUAUGGCUCUAGUAAAAUGCUAUAUAUGGCUCUAGUAAAACCUUGUUAACACUAUUGAAGCCACAUUAAUCAUCCAAUCUUCAUGAAACUUAGUCACAAGAUUUGUCCCAAUGAUAUCUUGGAAGAGUUCAAAAUGGUUCCUGUGGGUUGAAAAACAAUUGGGCUCACCUGAGUACAAUUUGCUCAUGGUGAGCUUUUGUGAUCGCCUUUUGUCUGUUGUGCGUCGUGCGGCAUCAACAUUGGCCUUGUUGACACUCUAGAGGCAACAUUUAUUGUCCAAUCUUCAUGAAAUUUGGUCAGAAGAUUGGUCUAAAUGAUAUCUUGGAUGGGUUCCAAAAUGGUUACGUUUGCUUGAAAAACAUGGCUGCCAAGGGGCAGGGAAGUUUUCCUUAUAUGGCUUUAUAUGGCGAUAGUAAAACCUUGUUAACACUCUAGAAGCCACAUUUAUUAUCUGAUCUUCAUGAAACUUGGUCAGAAGAUUCCCAAUAAUAUCUUGGACGAGUUCGAAAAUGAUGCCAGUUGGUUGAAAAAUAUGGCCGCCAGGGUGCCUUAUAUGGCUAUAGUAAAAACUUGUUAACACUCUAAAAGUCGCAUUCAUUGUCCAAUCUUCACGAAACUUGGUCAGAACAUUUGUUCUAAUGAUAUCUUGAACGAGUUCGAAAAUGGUUCAGGUUUCUUAAAAAACAUGGCCUCAACGGGGCGGGCAUUUUUCCUUAUAUGGCUAUAUAUUACUUUAGUAAAAUCUUGACUCUAGAGAUCACAUUUAUUGUCUGAUCUUAAUAAAACUUGGUCAGAAGAUUUUUCCCAAUGAUAUCUUUGACGAGUUUAAAAAUAGUGCUGGUUGGUUAAAAAAAUGGCCACCAGGGGGGCGGGGCAUUUUUCCAUAUAUGGCUAUAGUAAAAACUUGUUAACAUUCUAAAAGUCAAAUUUAUUGUCCAAUAAAUUUAUCUUCAUAACACUUGGUCAGAACAUUUGUUUUAAUGCUAUCUUGGAUCAGUUAAAAAAUAGUUCCUGUCUGUUUAAACACAUAGCUGCCAGUGUUCGGGGAAUUUUCCUAAUAUUGCUAUAGUAAAACCUUAUUAGCACUCUAAAAGUUACAUUUAUUGUUCACUCUGCAUGAAACCUGGUCAGAACAUCUGUUCUAAUGAUAUCUUGGGGCUGCACUUAGCAGGUCAGUUACUUUGUAUCAGAGGUAAACGACUUUGGGCCUUUCAGUCUCUCUUGUUUUGUUUCUGAUUAAAAAAGAGUCCGCUUCAUUCAUUCCAUGUUUAAAUGUUGUGAUAUGGUUCUUAAUGCAGUUUAUGUAUAUACACAUAUAAUUAUAUACCAUAUUGAGCUUUGACUUAAAGGCCCUAUAAUGGUGACAAUCCGUAAUUAUUUACCGAUUUUUUAUGCUCCCCCAAAUAAAGUUUCGGCGGAGCAUAUAGUUGCCAGUUUGUCCUUCCUUCCUUACUUCCUUACUUCCGUCACACUUUUGUUACAGUUUCUCAUAGCACCUUCAAUACUUAACCGAUCUCUUUCAUAUUUGGCAUGUAGGUACCUUGCAUGGACCUCUACCUUAUGAUGAGGUUUGAGGUCACUGGGGUCAAGGUCAAGGUCACUGAGGCUAAUAAUAUAUUUUUCCGUCACUCUUUUGUUUAAGGUGGCUAUUAACACAUAGAUUGCAAAGCGCAUCAUCGGGGAGCAUACAUCAGUUUCACUGAUAUUCUUGUUAAAUAUUGUUUUCAUAUUUUAUUUAUAAAGUUUAUCAAAAAACAAUAUAUAUAUAUAUGAUAUUUGACAUUACCAUAAACAAUGAGCAAUACAACUUGUUUUGAGCUCAAAAUACAGUUUCCUCAAAGUCAAUUGUGUUUACAAACAAUCAGUUUAUUUACAUCGCUGUUUAUUCGGGAAAGUGAAAGCGAAAGUGACUCAGGUAACCAAAAAUAUAUCGUUGAUUUUCAACGCUUUCCGGUAUCACUCACAAGUAGGUCUCUUCUAAAUGGUUAAAACGUUUGUAGUGAUCUAAUAAGUUACUUUCUGCUGGCAAAAAGUUGUUUUAAAUAGAAUAAAAAUUGAAUUAUCUUUCGGCUAUUUUUAGCAUACGUCACCUCUUUGAGGUUAUACAUCACGUUAGUUGCAAAGUUGUAAACAUUUCUUCCAAUUAUGAAACGGGUAUAUCUUCCAUAAUUCUUGACAACGUUGCACAUAAGCUGUGUUAUUAGCAUUUUUUAUGCAAGAGUAACUGAAAUCUGGUAACAAUUAGACCAGUUUAUAUGCAUGAUAAUUGGAUUUGUCAACUUUAUAGGGCCUUUAAGACUGUACCCCUAAAAAAUGUCGGUUUUGUCCAACAUUUUCUCAAUAUUGGAUCACAUUGACAUAGCGAAGAUCCACAGCAAAAGCUCAGUAGGAGAUUUUUAGAACCACUUGUGUAAGUGGCAGUAAUUAUGUGAAAUAAUUAAACCUGUGGCUCGUAUGUUUUCAAAAUAAUCAUGUUUCAGUGACAUGCAUUCUUGGCUUUAUAUCAAAUUGUGCAUCAUAUUGUCAAACAUGAUAUCUAAGUGUGAAUAACAUGUGAAGUAGGUAGAGUGCUUCCAUUAUCUCAUCUUUUUGCUUUAUAUAUCAACCAUGUGUUAUAUUGUGUGGAAUCCAAUGUGGACAAUCAUGUCUUGAGACCACAUUUUAUGUAACCGUAGUGUUAUCUUAUAUAUUGCUUGGUAUUAAGUAUGUAAAUUUAUUGUUAAGUGUUUUUAUAUCUGUUUGAGCAUACCUGGGUAUACAUGUCUUUAUUUUGGAAAUUCACAUUUUUGGGUAAGUCAGCAAGGGUUUAGAAGUCAUCAUGGUCUGUGAUAUUUUUAAUUGACUUAUGUGGUAAUUAUAAAUAAUUACUAGUUUUAAACCUUUAUUUAAUCUAAAAUUCAAGUAUAUGCAUUUGCAUGUGCAAACAAUAUGUUUGUUGUGGCGUAGUGAAUAUGAUGACUGCCUAUCAACUGGGUGGUCACAAGUUAGAUACCCGCUAUGGGAGCAGUCUUUAAAUCUCCCCCAUAGACACUUAGUAUUUGAUCCAGUUCCAGGAAACGGACAUGAUAGUGUUUCAAAUAAGCCUUAGUAUUUCUAUGCAAUGGAGCUAAAAUAAAUAGGUUUUAAAUUAAAUUGCAGGUAAAUAAUUUAUAAUAUGGGUAUUAAUAUAGUUUUGCAUCAGUAGCAAAAUCCUGCACUAUUUUUUUUAUAAACAUCAACAUUGUUUCUGAUUCAAGGUAAUUCUGUCUAAUAUUGGUCGAAGAUCCCAUUAAAGAGUAUGUGUAUUUUAAAAUGGAAGUCUGUUUUCCACAAUGUGAAAUUAAUAAUAUUUUAAGAAAUGUAGCCUUUUGACAUGUAAACUGUUUGCCACUAAAUUGAAUAACAUAUGCGGAUUCUAUUUAAUCAGAUGAAUUCCAAUAUAUUUUAUUCUAUGCUUUUUGUGGUAAAUAUGGAGAUAAAAAAUAUCUGAUCUAAAAAAGAGAAAAUUCAGUGUUUUAAACUUGUAUAAUAAUUACAGUGAAAAUAACUGCUAAUUUCCUCUUUUUCACUGUGAACUGACGUCGUUUUUUUGAUGUCAUAAUGUCAUUAUUUCAGCAAAAAAGGUCUUUAUACAUAUCUGGUAACAUUAUGCAAGUAUUUAAUGUUUUGACUUUUAUGGUACUAUUUGGAUACCCCACGUUCAUAUUCAACAGAAGCAGAACUAUUACAUGUACAUUUUUAUUGUCAAACACAUUUUGUUAUUCAUAAUUCAAACAUCUAUGCAAAUGAGUGUGCACUGAAUUUUUUCUCUAUUGAUGGUUGUUUUUUGUUUGCUGUGUAUUUUAAGUUUCAUUUGGUUAAUUUAUUAUAGAUGGAUUAUAUAAUGGUGUAUGCAGGGCUUAAAAGAAUUUCAUUGUUAGAAUAGAAAACAUUAUUAACCAUGUAAUCAUACUCAUUUAACCAGGCAAUAUUUUUCUUGCUAGUGUUAUAGUUUUUUUUCUAGUAUUUAAAUGAUAUGGAAUUAAAGAAAGGUUGUUCAUAACGAUAACGAGUUAUUGCUUCUUGUACUUUUUCCAGUGAAAUUAUGUGAAAGCUUUUAUACAGGAUUCAUUAUGUUGCUGGGUGUUUAGUUCACCUGAGAAUGAAGUGCUCAAGAUAAGAUAUGUAGAUAAUCAUUUGUUCAACGUAUGGUGUUCUUUGUAAAUGUUCAGCUAGUUAUUGUUAUAGUGGCAACAUUUUUCAUCAUAUAUUGCUGAAAUGUUGUCAAAAUGUUUAAUCUGUACAACAGCUAGAACUAUUUUUAUCUGUGGUGUGUGCGUCUAAAAAUUAGAUCACAUGGUUACCUCUUUAGAGGCCCCAUUAUGACUCAAUCUUGUGAAAACAAGAACAAAUCUAAUUCCUAAGCAUCCACAAUCUGCAUAUCUACAUCCCCAUGUGAAAUCUUAGAAAUUCCGUCGAACGACCCUAGAGGCUUUAUGUUUGACUUAAGCAGAAUGUUUAUCUUUACAAGAUACCAAGGUCUAGUUCGAAUUUGUGUCAUAUACGUCCAAAAAAUAGUUAACAAUAUUAAAUCAUAGAAAAACCUUGCUCCUCUCUGAAGGCCAGAUUUAUGACUUAUUAUUGAUGAAACUUGAUCAGACUGUUUAUAUUGACAGUAUGAAGGCCAUGUUUGAAUCUGGGUCAAGUGGGGCCAUUAAUAAGAUCCACAUGUCGAGUCCUUAACAACUGGCGUCCUUGAAAUUGUGUAAGCGUUUAUGGGAAAUCAUGGCUCACAUGUUUUAUUUCAUAUCUUACAAUUAUAAAUUAUGAAAACAAUUUAUGCAGAUAAUGAAGGCUGACACGAGAUUGAUGUAACCAGGACCCGUGUACUCAAGAAACAUCAUGGAAAUAACAUUAGGCAAUGUAUUCAAGUCAUAGUACAUAGACUACAUAAUUUUGAAUAAAGGUUUGACAUAUGCUAAA